AUCCUGAAGGAGCAUCUGGCAGAGAGCAGACGCGUCUGAAGGGAUGAGCUCCGGCAUGGCUGGCGCCAACAAGGAGCAACCCGCCGGCACGAGGCGGAACAGGAUGAGCUUCUGCAAGGAUGGCCCCGCAGCGCGGUGUGCCUCCAGACACACAUGCACCGACACCCAAGAGCGAGUUGCCGUCUGGGAUGCGGUGGCCGACUACGUACAAGAGCACCUUCUGGUGCAGAAGGGGGUCUGGAUUGCCACCUUUGGCACCUUUGACACCAUCAACAAAGACAUCAGGAGUGAGGACGGGACUGUGACUCUGCAGUGGCCGGUGUUUCACCUGUCUGCAAACCUGAUAGCCACGCACCACCUCAAGCCCCGCAGGGAGUCCCUGCCAGCCCAUAGGAAGGUGGAGCCGCUGAAAUACAGCAAGGUGGCUGCAACUGCCUCUGUGACCUGGCAGAGAGCAAAGAUGUGCAUCCAAAGCACCGUGUCCCUGAUCUCCGGCUGCCUGAAGAAUGGCGAGAACGUUGCCGUUGUCCUCAAGGACAUUGGAGUGCUCCACAUUGAUGGCCUGACCUUUCAAAUGAAAUUCUACCGCGACUUCCUCGAGAAGCUGUCAGGCAAAGAGAAAUUCAGAAGAGCUCUUCUCAAGGCCCCCUGGCUGCUGGACAUGGUGGCGUCCCGAGCGGCACCAGUGGCCUCCCUGGCGCUCUCUGGCUGCCUUGUCGUCUUUCCCGAGUUUCAAAUGGAGUUUGUGCCCAAACCACCACCCGGCAUAUACCGCAAGUCCUCAGGAAGCGUCCCUGCUGAGGGGAAACCAAAGAAAGAAGAGGCUUUGCCACCUCUCGUCCAAGAGGGCAAGAAAGUGAGAUUUGCUGGCACGCCAACCUUCAUCAAACGCUUGAGCUCGGCAAGCGUAGAUGCAGGAGAAUUCAGAAAGAUAAGGAGCUUGCUGCGGAAAGACAGCUCUACAUUCAGGUGAGGCUGGAGGCUCUGGCUUGGCAUGUGCAUGGGGGUGAUUUACUGACCCAACGAGAGCCCAUCCCCUAAGCCCAGAGGGUCCCUGUUUGUGGCUGCCCAACAGUGCUGGGCCGGGGACGCCAGGAGCCCCCCAGCUCACAGGGCUGGCCCCUCUCUGGAUCCCAUGGGGGAGAGCCACGGGGCUGCCGGUGAGCUGUCUGUGGGGAAGGCUGUGUUGCAGCCAAGGGUCCUGGCUCCGGCUUGCAGGAUGCGGCCCCAAAGCCAUCACCCACUCAGGCGGACCCCUCCCGCUCUGUCCUUCCAGUCUGCUGCCAGCGAUAUGCGCAGUGCCUGAAGCCCAAAAGCAGCCGCUGACCUGCCAGCUGCAGGGCCAGGCAGGAACCAAAGGCCAAGAAGACCGGGGCCGAGCGCUGGGAACAAAACGCGUGAGCUUCCGUGAGGAAGACCUGGAAGCGGAAACGUUCCAAGGCCAAGAAUCCAGGCUACCACUGCUGCACUGCGACUCAGUGCAACUUCUCAGGCAGAGGGCUAAGAAGAGCAGGCCAGUGCACAAACAACCUGAGGAGGUGGCUGCAGCAGCAUCUCAGAGUGAGGCCAGCCAGCCUGCAGAGUCCUCCGCCGACAGAGCGGGAGUGCUGCCACCGAUAAACCAAGUAACACAGUCUCCGCAGCGUCAGCCUCCAAACACCAAAGCCCCACCCCGCAGGAAGGCCACCCGCUACCCACGCUGAUGCGGGCAUGGGGCGCCCAGGAGUGACAGAGCUCCACUCGAGGCUGCAAAACUGAUGCGUCAAUCCCAUCUGCAUCAUACCUAACAGUAGACCAGGCUGCCCAGGGCCCCAAACAACCUGCCCUUGAACACUGCCAGGGACGCGGCGCCCACGAGCUCUCAGGGCAUCCGCUUCCAGCAUCUCACCACUGGCUCUGGAAAGAACUUCUCCCUGACAUCCAAUCUGAAGGAUUUCUCUACUCAAAACCACUUCCCCUUCUUCUGCCAUCACCUACCACUGUAAAGGUUCGACUGCCCUCCUGUUUGGAGGCUCCCUUUGUAUACUGGAAGGCUGCAAUGAAGUCACCACACCGCCUCCUCUUCUCCAGGCCCAUCAACGAGAUCUAGAGUGAAAUGUAGAGGGGAAAAAGCUGUCAAUAAAGCCUUACCAUGGGCCUAUUCUGUA